AUGGCAAAUGUUUAAAUUGUUUAGAGGGAUGGGAUUUUUUAGUUUUAAGUAAUCAAUGUUAACCAAUUUGUGGAGAUAAUUUAAUUUAUGGAACUGAAGAAUGUGACGACGGGAACUUAAUUCCUUUUGAUGGUUGCUUCAACUGCAAAUUCUAGUGUGACAAAAAUUGCAAAAUAUGUGAAUUUGGAAGAUGCGUUUAAUGUUUUUUUGGUUACGAUCAAAAAUCUUAAUAUUUUCAUCCUGUUUGCGGAGAUGCAUUGACUCUAGAUCAUGAAGUAUGCAAUGAUGGCAAUAUUGAACAAUUUGAUGGUUGUUAUAAGUGCAACAAUAGUUGCCAAAUAGAAUUUAGAUUAUGUGUUAAUUAAUUAUGCUUUUAAUGUUAAGAUGGAUGGUAGUUAAUUGGUAAUCAGUGCUAAUAAGUUUGUAAUGACAAUCUGUUAGCAAUAUUAUCAAUAGAAUAAUUCGAUAAUGAUGAUGAUAGUUAUUGUAGUGAAUGUGUAUAACUAUGCUAAGAUAAUUGUAUAUCAUGUCACACAUAUAAUAAGAUAUAUGCAAUACUAGUUCCCAUAUCAUUUGAAAUAAUGUCUGGAUACUUAUACUAAAUAUCACUAGCACCAAUUCUAGAUUUUCUAAAGAUUGAUUACUUCCUAUCAAAACUAAAUGGUGGUAUCGUACUUUGCCUUUAAAAAAAAAUGUAUAUAGUGAGUUGA